AUGGGACCAAAAGAACUUAACUCUGUUCAGCAAGAACUUUUUGAAGCGGUAAGACGGGGAGAUGCGCAGAAGGUGCAAAUAUGGCUAUUAAGCAGACGCAACAAGCGACCACGGACACCACUGAACUUUUUGCGUGCAUCGACUUCAUCACAUUCAGCAUGGCUAUGUUCGAUUGUAGAUCCAUCGAACGGUUAUACAGUACUGCAUCUUGCCGCUUUACUGGGCCAUAAGGAGGUAGUCAAAAUUUUGCUAAAUGUUGAUUCACAAAUGGCACGAAUAAAAGAUCGACGAGGAUGUUUGCCAAUACACUUGGCAGCAUGGAAUGGACAUGUUGAGAUUUUGCAGACUUUAAUUAAUGCUGAACCAAAUACAAUUGAUGCAGUGAACAAUGCUAAAGAAUCGCCUUUGCAUCUUUCCGCACAACAUGGUCACGGGAAAAUUGUCAUUGUUUUGCUUGCUAAACAUGCAGAUGCCAGGAUGAGGAAUGCACGUGCUGAAACGGCUUUAGAUGUGGCUGCACGACUUGGGAAAGCUAACGUGUGUCGCUUACUCAUUUGCAAUUGUCCAGAAUUAGCAUUGCAGAGUGCAUCAGAGUGUAUUACCACAGAUCCAGGAAGGUCAAGACAUUUAGCUCAAGUGGUGUAUCCAUUACAUGCAGCUGCUCGUCAUGGUCACAUUGACUGCCUACAAAUACUAUGUCAUUCCGGUUUCAAUCUUGACUAUGUUACCGAAGAAGGUAGCGCAUUACAUGUCGCAGCAUUGUUUGGAAAAGUUGAAGCUGUUAAGUUACUACUUGAACAAGGUAUCAGUGUUGAUAUCCGUGAUGGACAAGGGCGUACUGUAUUAGAGACUUUAGCAGAACAUGAAAGCGAAAGAGCUUCUGAUCUUACACAGGUGAUACAGAGCCGAGAAGGGUGGUCAGAAUGCCGCAAGCUCAUUGAAGCUUACAUACAAAAGUAUAAGGAUGAAAGUGACAAAGUCAGUGCAGAGAAUCAUUCGGUUUAUUUGAAUUUACCUUUCCAUUUGAAGUAUGGUGCUAACCCGAAAGAUGUCUGGAAACCGAUACCGGAAUUAUCCACAGCCAGGCUUCAAGCAUCUCGAAAUCACACGCAGCGCAGUUCAACUUAUGGAACUGAUAUCAAUUCGGACGUUGGCACUUAUUGUGCACCGUCAUCGAUAGUGGCUGAUGUGGUUACAUUAGCUAACGAUGAACACGAUCUGAAUGAUAUUUCAACUCUACCUUUGUCAGCCACUCGAGUGGAGUCAUCAGAGAGCGAAUCUGUUUCACAGCAAUCACCAGAUCAAGCUAAAGGUUUUAAUGCAAGAAAUAGCAUAUCUCGGUUUGCUAUCGUAGUGCCGAGUCAUAGGUAUCGACAUACAACACUUCAGAGAAAUGGAAUUCCUUUACCGAGGAUGGGAGUUGGUCGAACAUCACUUAAUUCAGAUUCAGCAAUAGCGUGUUCAUAUCAAGCUCCAUUGUCGUACGAUGCUUGGCCGUCUCAGCAUGCUGGUCCAUAUAACAAUGUGAUAAGUCCACCACACACUCUUCUGACCUAUGACAACGUGCCACGCAAUCUUGUUGUUUACGAUAAUGCUCCACCACCUGGCCAUCGACGUUGGCAGCAUAUCUGCGAAACGAAACCUAUACAUGAGACUAACUGUGAAAGUUUUGGCACACCAUCUUGUAAUAUUAGAAGUGAUGGUACACAAACCAUGCCUGUAAAAUCCAGCCGUCAACGUUUACCGCUGUUAGAGAAAACAUUGAAGCCCGAACCAGUUCCUCGGAAGACCAAAUCGCAUGAAGCUAGUACAAAUAAGAACAGUGGUCUUGUUGUUAAGUAUAGCCCACCAAGCUCUUCUUCACAUCGAACGGAAAGCCCAGCAUCCAUCAUUACCUUCGCUUACUCAACUCUUGAACGUUCAUUAUCUCCUGAAGAACAAAGCAGCAGCGUUCCAUCUGGUACAGCUUCUUUAACUCAAGGCCGGGCACCAUUAGCACUCCCUGAAGAGGUUUCUAUGUCAGCUUCAGCCAGCAUUCUAUCAAUACAAAAUUCUCCGGAAAGGUAUCCUAUGGAAGAGAGUAAACGGAGAAGGCAUUCACGCAUUUUGAAUGACGAGUAUUCUGUACCUCAUCGUAGUUCUGUAACGGCCGCUCUUAAUUCAAGUUCUUCAGUAAGGACUGCAUUGGCGAGUUGUGUGGAAAUCAUAACAGCAGAAAAUGAAAAGGAGGUAACUGAUAAUGUCAGGUCUAAGCUUGAUCAUCUUCCAAGUCCUGAAACCACCGAAUCUCGCAUACAUCAUUUCCUUUGCAGUCAGGAUAGCUUUAAGCAGCGGUUGUCGCAAUCUCCUACUGUAAGCAGAAGGUCACAGCAUACGCAAAAGGACACAGUAUCACUGUCAUCAACAGUGGGAUCAAACUGCACAUUAGCGUCUUCAUGUUCCCUGCCAAUAAUCUCUCAUGUCUCUUUGACAUCGCCAUCGGUAAUUUCUCCGUCGCAGGAACUUAGUCAGCUUUAUAAGCAAUCCAGCACGGAUGAUCAGUCACUUUCUUCUGUGGAGGUACGCUUACGAACUGCGUCUUCUAUUCCAGCGCAUGGUAGCAUAAGUAGGGAGAUAUGUGGAUUAUCGAUCUCGAGUGAUAGCGAGCAACAUAAAGACGAAGUGAACAGUAGUAUACAGGUUUCAACUCGGCGUAGUUCUCUAGAUGAAAGUAUCGAAUGGAAAAAGAUCAGUGAAAUAAUGGAGUCAUUUGGUGGCGCAAUUUGUCGGGAAUCGGUGUUUGCAGCUCAUUAUGAACCAAAAGUGGCCGUUUACCUCAGAGACCGGAGAUCUCAAGCAUUAACUUUGCAACUAAAUGGGCCACAGGCAGUGCAAAACAGACAGUCAUCUGGGUUUGAUGCUGACAAAAGAUGUGAACAACCGCGAGGGGUAAAUGCUGUUGCUGAAUGGCUAAAUGUAUGUGUUGGAAUACCCAAUCCCAGAGCAAAUGAAAUAGCCGAAAUUCUCGAAAGCAACGGCUUUGACAGUAUCGACCACAUGCAAUCAACACUCGAUCGCGCUUCGAUGCAAGAAAUCGGGUUUGACAAAUCAAUACAACACCAAAUCGGAAUGUAUCUAGAAAAUUAUCCGAAUGUUUCCAUCCCAAGUGCAAAUUCAUUUACAUAUGUUUCGGAUUGGUUGCAUUCACUGGAAUUGGAAGAUUAUCUCGGUCAUUUUGUAAGUGGAGGAUUGACGUCGAUGCUGAUCGUUUUUGCGGUCGAUUCAACGCGGAAACAUCUGAAAAUUCUUGGUAUCUCGAAACUUGGUCAUCAAAAACGAAUUUUAAAUUCUUUGAAGAAAGCAAAGGAAGAGCGACGUCAAAGAGCAGCAGAACGAGCAGCGGCAGCGCAGGAAGAAGAAGCAGACAGUGGACAGGAGAGCAGGAGUACGGUGCAGUCAUCAUCAAGUACCCAAAUACCGCAUUCGGUGAUUGUUGGAGGACGUCAAACUGAAUGGCAGCAUUCAUCAAAUACACUUAUUGAGAGUUGUAUCUCGUAUUCAGCUCAUUAUCUUGGGUCGAUGGAAAUAUCAAAUGUUGAAGAGACAGAGGAUUCUCGAAGAGCUAUGAUCAAGUUGAAAAGAGGUAUUCGCGAAAUAGCCAAGGUUCCUCAUGUUUUACUGGAAAUAUCAGUAUCGGGUGUUCGAGUACUGGAUGCUACUACAAAGCAACUUACUGUCGAGCACGAAAUAGCACAGAUACAGAUAGUUUGUCAAGAUGAAAGAGAUCUGAAUUGUUUCGCUUAUAUAUCGCAAGACGGAAAUCGCCAUUUCUGUCAUGUAUUUUGCGUCUUGACUGCUGAUGUAGCAACUGAAAUAAUAAUAACACUGGGGCAAGCAUUCGAAGUAUGCUACAGAAUCACCAACGAUAACUAUGGCAGUGCUGAACCGAUUGCCAUCUAA